CUGUCACUGUUGUUUGUGAGUGCACCCACGUUACAGAGCUCCAACCUGCAGCCUGACAGCCACACUGCCACCACCAUGAGAGAGUUCAAGAGCAAGGACUUCUGGAGGGCCGUUCUGGCUGAACUGGUUGGCAUGACCCUUUUCAUUUUUCUCAGCAUCGCCACAGCUAUCGGAAACAAGAACAAUAGCAACCCAGACCAGGAGGUGAAGGUGUCACUGGCCUUUGGAUUGGCCAUCGCCACGCUGGCCCAGAGUUUAGGCCACAUCAGCGGAGCCCACCUGAAUCCUGCAGUCACCCUUGGGAUGCUUGCCAGCUGCCAGAUCAGCGUGUUCAAGGCCGUCAUGUACAUUGUGGCCCAGAUGCUGGGAUCAGCCCUGGCCUGUGGCAUUGUGUAUGGAGCACGUCCAAGUACCACAGAUGCACUGGGGCUCAACUCUCUCAACGGUGUCACGCCCAGCCAAGGCGUGGGCAUAGAGCUCCUGGCAACCUUCCAGUUGGUGCUGUGUGUCAUUGCAGUCACUGAUAAAAGGCGACGUGAUGUCACUGGCUCAGCGCCCUUGGCCAUUGGCCUCUCGGUCUGCCUGGGACACUUGGCAGCAAUCAGCUACACGGGCUGCGGCAUCAACCCCGCUCGCUCCUUUGGUCCGGCUUUGAUCCUGAACAAUUUCACAGACCACUGGGUAUACUGGGUGGGGCCCAUGUGUGGUGGUGUAGCAGCAGCACUGGUGUAUGAUUUCCUGCUGUCCCCAAAGUUUGAUGACUUCCCUGAACGCAUGAAGGUCCUGGUCAGCGGCCCAGUGGGCGACUAUGACGUUAAUGGAGGCAAUGACGCUACAACUGUUGAGAUGACAUCAAAAUAGUCCCACACAGUUAAAGCCACUUACUUUCAUUGUACAUGCCUUUACUCCUGUAAAAUAAAUAAAAGAAUUUAGUGUAGUGUGUUUUUGUGCUAUUGUGAAUAUCAAUGAAGAUUGUGGCAAAGGGUCACUUUCCAGUUCACUCCUCUGUUUGACCCCAUACACAGUUUUCACCCAAACUGCCGCUCGAACAAACAUACAAGCCGAGGUCGUGAGAAUCUUGACAUAGCAGUUUGUUGAAAUUUUGUCCCAUAUCAGUAUUCUAUGACGAGCCAUUUUUUUUAAUGUAUAAUUUCUGUGUCUGUAUCACUUUUUACUUCUGAUGGAUUAUGUACUGUGUGUCCAUUCCUGAAAUGUCUUUCACUUUUUUAAGUAAAUAAAACACUUGUUGAUAACA